AUGUCUCGUGAUCGGCAGUUUUUUGUCCUCCUGGUAUUUCAUGUAUUCUUUGAUGCCGUCGUUGCACGAGGUAAACCAACCGUUCGCCUCGCUCCUCAACACUUUCCUCUUCAGCUCCGUUCAUCCGUGACCGUCCCCGAGGUCUCGGUCUUCUUCAGUUGCCCACCGGAAUGACGGACGAACGUUCCGGACCCUUCUUCCCCGGUCUGUACAUUGCCGGAGACAAAGCAGGACUGAAGCCCCAGACGGUCCCUGACGUCUCUCUUCCUGGACAAGUGGCCAGCUUCUCCGGAAGGUGAGUCACUCGUUUCCUUUUGCAAAUUCCUCUUCAUUGUCAUCCUGACUUCGUUUUCAUUCACUUUCAGAUCCGCUUUCAACCCGUUCACUCACAUGCUUUCCGCCGUUUACACCGAAGAUCUCGUCGACGGUUGGGGUACUGGAUUUGCGGUUAAUGUAAGUGAAAUUUGCUUUGCCGGAUGUCAGCCGAAAAUGUUCAGGGUGUGAAUAAUCAUGGUUUGAAUGUACGAAAGAACUUUGACGCGUUCGCUGAUGCACCAUUGAGUAGCAGUGACGGAAUGUACCAGCCAUUCUUGACGGCAGCGACUGUUGGAGGAGAGUACGAUCUGUCGAAGAUCAGAGAAGUUUCGGGAAACUUCAAUCUUCCAGUGCCCGGAUUGAAUGAACUUUUCGACUUUGACGGAAGGUUCAUGGUCAAGGGUACGUGUUUUGUCACUAUUUCCAGUUUUACCAAUGUUUCAAUUGCAGGAGGAGGCAACGGUAUCCUGAACAGUGCGAUGGAGUUCCCGCUCACCCUCACCGACCCGAACGAGCGUGCUCCGUACACUUUCAAGUACCUCAACUUCAUGGCGGAUCGUCACAUGCACUACGGUCACGUCGUCCCGAACGUCAAUCUGUUCGUCGUAGGAAAGGACAAGAUCAUGGACAGGCUGGUGCAGAACAGACUCAACCCGACCAUGAUCGGCUAA